UUCAUCAGCAUUCAACACAACACCCCCAACACCGUUCUCUCUCUCUCUCUCUCUAGAGACGAGCUUUUUGCCUUCUCUCUCUAGCAAACAUCUCCGCCUCCAUCUCCAUCUCCAUCUCAGUUCUCCUCUUCCUUCGACGUCGGAUUCGAGCCCCCUCGGGAAGUUGGGCUACCCCGGAACGAGGAGACCGAGACCGCGGCGGCGAUGAUGGGUACAGCGGAGGACGGGUGGGUGGCGGCGGCGAUGGCGGACAGCGGGGUGGCGGCGGAGCUCCUGGUCCUGCUGAAGCGGGCGCGCGCCGCGGCGGCGCCGGCCAAGCCGGCGAUCGUGCCGCCGAUGAGGUGGGGGGUCCGGCAGCCGAGGUCGAGGACGGCCCCGAGGUGCGACGCCGCUGCCGUCGCCGCCGCCGCCGCCCAGAGGAAGGAGGCGGAUUCUGCGAGGAAUAGCCCGACCACGCCGCUCUCCUGGAGCGGCGGCGCUUCUCCGUCGGCCACGGCCGACGGCUUCGAGGAGUCGAGCUUGCCGGCGAACGGAUCCUCCGGCUCCGCCAGAUCCAAGGGUACUGCUCCGAACGGUGCCGCCUCGUGCCUGGCUGCUGUCAACAAGCUGAGGAAGAAGAAGACGUUCGCCGAGCUCAAAGACGAGGAGAGCUACUUGCUGAACGAAAGGAUCCAUUUGGACAAGGAUAUAGCGAGGCUGCGCGCGGCUUUCGCGGAGCAGAGAGCUAGAAACGAAUCCUUGAAGAGGAUGAAGCUUGAUUUGAAUUUGCUUUCUCGAAAGAGCAAUGUGGUCACUGCUGAUGACAGAGAUGAAGCAACCUCUGGUUUGCAUGACAAGACGGAAGCAUCUACAUCGGAUCACCCUGCAUCAUCGACAUUGCCAGAACAUGACAAGAUGGAAGCAUCUACGAGCGAGUGUCAUCCAUCUUCCAGCUUUAGCCAAUUUCCUAAGCCGGCGAUCAAGGACAGUGACAGAUCUUUCAUGCUACCUGAUCUAAACAUGAUGCCCUCUGAAGAGGAUUCUAGGCCUGAAGAUUUUUAUGGGUUGAGCUAAGCGAGAACAUCACGGAUAUGCGGCGCCUUGUAAUUAAAGUGAAGCGACACUCAUGUCGACGAUGUUCUAGGUUAUAUCAUACAGGAUCGGAUAAAGAGGAGUGGAUCUCCAUAUCCAUAUUCUCAAGAGCUGCAAGUUAUAAGGAUGGUUCUGACUCUGUGGUCGAGCUGAGAUGUCGUUGGGUUGCAGAGCGAGAUCUCCAUCUCAACUGGAACCGGGGGGGGGGUAACAUCCUCGCCGCUUCUCUCGAUCGAUCAUAACUUGUAUGAACGAUGACCAAGCCAUUCUUUGUAGGCAUUGGCAGAGCAACUUGAAUACAAUCUCAAAUUUUGUUCCUCAAAAAGAAUCGUUUUCAGAUUUACUCUCCU